AUGAAACUCCACCUUGAUUCGCUGAUCCUCACACAGGGGCCCCACAAGGUUGUGGAACCAGCGGUCUGCAGAGAGCAGUGUGCUGAUUGGUUUAUUCUCUGUUAUAGUUGUGGAACCAGCGGUCUGCAGAGAGCAGUGUCCUCCAGUGCUGUCAGGUUGCAAGAGGAUGCCAGUGUCUCAGCCACACCUGGGAAUAUAUCCAAAGACUUCAGUCAACUCCCCCCGAUGCCUGGCCAGGACAGUGUGCUGAGAUGGGCUGGGAAGAAGUACGAGGAGUUGCCAAUAGCACAUAUCAAAGCCACAUAUAACAAUACACAUGUCCAGGUGACAGACUGUGAGGGCCAGUUCAUGGUCAGAACAUCGUGUGGAACCGAGGGGUUCAAGAACGUCAAGAAGUCCACUCCCAUCGCUGCUCAGACAGCAGGCAUCUCAGCUGCAGCGAAGGCCGCAGCGGUGGGGGUGACGUUUGUCCGCGUGUUGGUGAAAGGUCUGGGUCCUGGACGCUUGGUGAGAACCUUUUUCAUGAAAUGCAGAAUUCAUACCGUAGACAAAGUGUUCACAUGAUGCAUCUCCCCC